AAGUAGUUUAGGUGUUUGUGAGGUUAGGAUGUGAGGGUGGGUUUUAGGUGUGUGAGGUAGUUUAGAUUUGUGUGAGGUUAGAGUCUCUUAUGCUGUGGUACUUUUAGCCUUUACAGCACGUUGAUAUUUUUUCUGUCAAGGACCCAGUCUUGAUACAAAAAACAGAUUUGACAUCACUGAUAAAAUCUGAUACAAACCUCAUGAACAGUUUGUAGCGUUUGGCUCAACAAUGCACAAAAAACAUAAUUUUUCAGAUUGUUCUGGCUACUGCAGUUGCACAGAUCACCCUCCUCUGCUCUGGCACAUCCAGCAAGCUGAUUGGCUCUUUUUGUUGAAGGGCGAGACUUAUCCAUAAAGCAGCUGGGGUUGAGGGUUACUAGAACUCCCAUUCCUAUUCCAGCAGCCUGCUAGCGCUCCUACAUGCGUCAGAGCUGGGGUCCUCGCUGCAAGUGGUGGAGGCGGUGAAGUCGCGCGGUGUUUCAGUUUAAACUGGAUUUAUUCUGAUUUUCUUAUUUUCUGUUUAAUUCUCUGAUUUUACUCCGCCUGGAUGGAGGAGGUGGAUGUAGAGCCGACCACCACGUUAAUCCCGGGCGUGGGGCUCAGACAGAGGCAUGUAGGGUUCGAGUGGGGGCCUGGAGAUAUCCUGGUGUAUGAAACGAACUUCAAAUUGCAAGGUGCUGGUUCUGCACGGUCUGGUACUCCCUCAGUCCACGUUGUGAGGAAAGAUGAAGACAUUUACUCUCCCAUCCUGCGCAAACUCUUCAAUGAGUCACAUCAUAUCUUUGUUGGGCUCCAGAAUAUCCAAGAGGACCUGCCCAGCAAAAACAAGAAACCUCAGUUUGUCAGCAUCAGUAAAAACUACAGAUCGGUGAUACGAGCGUGUAUGGAGGAGCUCCAGCAGGGUGCAGUGUCAGCUCAGGACACAUCUGUAAUCGCACAGUACAGCAAUCAGGUGUCCAUCCUUCUGGCGAUUGAGCUCAUCUGGAAUCUGUGUGAAGUGCUUUUCAUUGAUGCAGCACCAGCUGGCGUUCUGCUGCUGCACCUGCUGGACUGGGUGCGUUUGCACAAGGCUGAUGUGGAUGAGAGGGCCAGGGAGGUUCUGCAGAGUGAAAGCCCCACUCACCAUCACGCCUACUGGGAAGUGGUGAUCAGUUUUGUUCUGCAGGGACGUAUGGAUGAGGCUCGGCAGGUUCUGGUAAAGCAAGCAAAUCUGCAGCCCGCCUCCAGACCCAUCUACCAGCUCAUGGACAGCCUGCUGCAGAAGAUGCCCAUAUUUAAUCCUGGUGGGACUCAGACACUUACAGAGUUUGAUGUGAAGUGGAGGCACUGGCAUGAAGAGUGUGACCGCUGUCUCCAAGACAACUCCUUUGCUAGUAACCGACACCUGGAAACCAUCUGUAAGAUUCUGGUUGGUGAUGAGGACACCAUGUUGGAGCACAAGGAGCUUCUGGGCACCUGGUAUCAUUUUCUGGUCAGCCGGCUGCUCUUCUUCCACCCGACAGUCAAACCAUCUGAGCUACACUAUUAUGCCCAGUCAAGUAUGGAUAUGUUCCUGGACUUCCGGAGCGCCCCUGAGCCUCUGGACAGUAUCCUUCUGGCUGCUUUUGAAUUCGAUAUCCAUCAGGUCAUCAAAGACUGCAGCAUCGCCCUCAACAACUGGUGGUUUGUGGCUCACUUGACGGACCUGCUGGACCACUGCAAGCUCCUGCAAUCUCACAACCUCCAUUUUGGUUCUAACCUGAGGGAGUUCCUGGUGCUGGAGUAUGCCUCUGGACUCUUUUCUCAUCACAGUUUAUGGCAGCUGGCGGUCGACUACUUUGACCACUGCCCUGAGUUUGGUCGUGUGUAUCUGGAGCUGCAGCUCGAGCGUGUGCCGCUGGAGACGGAGCGAAAAGCUUUGAAAGUGUUGAGGAUCUGUGAGCAGAGGCAGAUGAACGAGCAAGUGCGCAGUAUCUGUAAGAUCAUGGCGAAGCGGGCUCUCAGUAAUAAUAGACUGGGCUCUGCUCUGUCCUGGAGUAUCCGAGCUAAAGACGCUGCCUUCGCCACUCUCAUCUCCGAGAGGUUUCUGCAGGAUUACUGUAAGAGGGGCUCUUUCUCUGACCUGGAUCUGAUUGACAACCUGGGGCCCGCCAUGCUGCUGAGUGACAGACUCACAUUCUUAGGGAAAUACCGGGAGUUCCACAGACUUUAUGGUGAAAAAAGGUUUACAGAAGCAGCCAAGCUUCUCCUGUCCCUAAUGACGGCCAAGAUCGCCCCCAGAAGCUUCUGGAUGACCCUGCUUGUUGACGCACUGCCCCUCCUGGAGCAAAAAGAGGUGAUCUUCUCCGUGGAUCAGACUCAUGAACUCAUGUUCUGUCUGGAGGAGCUGACCUCAGACAACAGUGAUGGCAAACCAGAGCAGUCAGCACAGGAUGAAGAUAUCGAGUCCACAAAGCUGGAGCUAUUACGGUUAGCUCUUGCCCGUAACCUAGCCAUGGCCAUAGUAAAGGAGGGGACUGUCGAGGCCUGAACAUUACAAGCUCUAAAAUCCUCAAAAACUACACAUACACACACACACAGGCACUUCAGUAACAUUUCUUUUAUAGCCAGCCCAUACUUUCUCUAUUCUGUAUAUAAAACCUUAUCAAGUGAGAAUGAAAACAGCUGUUUGUAUUUGAUAAUAAAUGUUUUGUAAUUGA